AUAACAUGGUCAAUUUAUGACACAUUCAACCUAUUUUCUCUUUGCAAUGAUUUGGCAAGGAUUCAAUACUAUUAAUCGCUAGUACUGCGACACUUUACUCUCUGAGUGUCUCCGACAGCUACUAAAGGAACCCUAAUGCAGCCACAGUUUUAAAAAAUUUAACAAAAUGAGUUUGUCCUCGUUACCUUGUCAAUGGAUUUAAGGAUGGCCAAGUUAGGAAUUGUUCUGAUUUUGCUUUUACUGGGACAAGUGGCGAUUAAUGGAGUGAGUGAAAAGGAAGACCAGAAGGAAGCCAUUUUUAAAGAACUGGUUGGGAUAUGGAAAAAAAUUGGAGGCUGGAACCCUCACAAGACACAGCCACCUGUAGAAAGACAGCAAGAUCAACAAAUUCAUUCCAUAGUGAGGAGCAUUAUGGGAAGUCUCAAGUCUCUAGGUUUCUUGCCAAGAAAAUCCACAGGUCUACCAUCUCUAAAUAAGGCCUUUGAUCGAAACAGACUCUCAGGAUUUCUUUAUAACAUCUCCAUGUACUUGCAAGAGAUGAGUGCAGAGUUAGACGAUCAACCGCAACCUUCCAGCGAUGACCAGUUUUGGGCGAACCUGCUCUACACUUUGCUUCAAACUGGAAGGGAAACAUCACUUGGAAUAUGGGAUGACAAAACUCCACCACGACCCAGUUUCAAGCUUCAAGAUCUGUUUCUGUCUCUCAGAGGCAGCCCACACUGGGAUGGGCUCCUAGGGUUAAUUCAAAGCAUUUUGACCCUUACCGAGCAGCAGCCACAAAAACCCAUCUUGACUUUUGUUUCCCAGAACUGGAAGACCAUCAGCGCUUUGCUCGAAACUGUUCUACAAGCUUUGGUUAGCGGGACUUACAGCCAAGCUGUUCUAGGUCUACAGGGUUUCAUCUGUGUCCUGAAAGGACGAAAUGACUGUGCCAUCAAUCUGAGCUGGAUGCAGCAGCUCCUCAGCUUUAUGGAAACCAGAAACUGGAAGCCUGUAGUCAGUCUACACCCUUUAAGUGUGGAAAACAGUCAAAGAGACGCAUCUCUCUCCACGGGACGUUUUAAGCCGUUCCUAGUGCCACCUGAGGUGCUACGUCAAGAGCAACUCUUGCUGAACCAAACAGGCACUGAUUCAGAGAGUCUUGCUUCUAUGCAAGCACUGCUCCUCCAGGCUUUGUCAAGGUCAAAUGCAGGAGAAAGGGCAGUACAGUUUGCAGAGCGUAAUCCUGCCCUCCUGCAGGGUUUGGAUAACCUAAGACAUGGAUUCCUGCACAAUGUUGGCCGCAGGGUGUAUGGUAAUCUGAGACGAAAAGUGUUGCAUAUGACCAAGGCACUGCUGGAUGAUGUGAGCACCAUGGUUGGAGAACCACAGUACAGUCAUCAUGGAAGAUGUUCAGUAGGUGACCUCAGACAACUGAUUUUGUGGGGUAUUAGACAUAACUUGACAUGGAACGCUCAAGCAAUGGGUUUCCGCUCAGAGGGUUUACCCAGCAGGCCAUCUUUCAUGUCCUGCCCUUCUUCAGAAGAGAGAAAAAAGACGUUGAAGCAACAACAACUAUCAUCUGGAAGUUCUAGACAACACCAGCAUCCGCUGAAUGUCUAUGGGCUUGGCGACCUGGACCUUUCACCUUCUGAUGAAAUUCUAGAAGCUGCUUGUAAUGACACUAUACCUGGUCUCACAGGGGUUUCAAAUUUUACAGUCUUUCUGUACUGUACUCUUUUCGAGGGAAACGACGGCUCAAAGGACCCUGAAGUCAGCCAUUUAGGGAUAGACCUCCAUGCAACCUGCUCUGACGCAGCUUGGUACCUCUCUGCCGCAGAGCAGGAUUUUUUAUGGGUUCAUGUUUGUAGCGAAUUCUUUGCUCACGAGUUUAACAAAACAGUGUGUGCCAACUCUACAUUUUGGUUGGAACAUGCUCAUCAGGAAGAAGCUGCUAGGGAUUACCAGUUCAUAAACCUCACAAGCAUCGAUGACAUCUGUCUUCAGCUCUCCACAGAUGUUUCUGGGGUAUCUCAUCCAGAUGCCACGGAGAACUGCUUAGCCCUGCUGAGCAGCAAAACUAUCACUGCUCUGGAUUUCAGAAAAUGUUUUCUGCCCAAUAACACAGCCCUCAUUGCCUCUCUGUGUGGUAACGAGUCAUCGCAAGUACCCCAAGAUGGGACCUGGGCAGCGGAGUACUGCUCUAAGGUCAACCCCAUUCACUCCUACAGUGGGUCCAAAGACAGACUCUGUGACUACUCAAACUGGAAGAUAGAACAUUUUAUUAACUCCACCACCUCUGAGCUUUGCAGAACUACUGAUGGUCUGAAGGAUUUUAUUUGCAAAAAUAACACACUGUACCUCAUGCUGGUCCAACAGCAGCCUUCUUUUUUAGAAUACUGUCUGAACUCUAAUGAGAAACAGGACAGCAAGUGUGUCCUUCAGCAACUGUUUGACAUGCUUCCAGCCCCAUAUGACUUUGACACCUCUCAACUUUGUGUCAACCCCUUGCCGAUUCUACAGGAAGCCAUUCAUCAGCUCACCCUAUGUGAGGGUGUAGUGGAUGAACGCACAGGCUGGUUAGCUACUGUGAGCUAUGUGCUGCAAGUUUUAGACUAUGUGGUGGGACUUUCUGAAGGUUUGGAGGAGGGAGAAAAAGAGGUGCGUCAAGGGCUCAGCCAGGCUAUUCUACUGUCUAGCCUCCAGGACAAUGCUUCCUUCUGGGCAACACUACGGCCAGAUGCAUCCAUGAGUGUUCUUCACACUGUUGGCAUCUUCCUCAAGAGGGAGCAAAACUCAUCCCUUAAAGAAGAUCUUUUAAGCUGUUUCAGUCCUGUCCUGUGGGACCUGAUUCAGAGGGAGGUCAAUUCUUCUGCUUUACGGUUUUUGAUGCAGGAGUACCUACAGAUGCCCAGGGAUAGAAUUCGCAGUGUCGUACUGUCAGCAGAAAAAGAUGCCGUAAAACGAUUCCUUUCCUAUGUUCAUCAGAGUUGGGAUCAGAUUCAAGUGGAAACCAUGCAGGUCUCUCCAGAGGAACAAGAAGCCAUGGAGACCAUGACAGCUGCUUUCAUUCACAAGUUUCCACGUGUCACACCAGAACUCUUUAUUGACCUCUCCCAGUUCAUACCGUACAUGUCUGUCUCUGACAUUAUGACCUUUCCUGCAUCUCUUAUGGUCAAUGAAAGUGUACUGAUGGCCAUUAGUGAUCACAGCUCGGAGAUGAAGUCCCCACAGAAACAGGCCUUUGUAAACCGGCUGUUGCAGUCCAAUGUAGCUGGAGAUGUCCCUUCUUGGCCGCCACCCUUCCUCAGUUCUAUUCUGCCUCUGCUUCCACAUCUCCCAGUCAGUCACUUUCAGCAGCUUACAUGUCAGCAACUCACCCCCUUAAUAGAGAUGUUGGGAAAUAGCAGCCUGGAUGCCACAAGGGGGCACCAUGUUCUACGUACUGUUUUCAACAAGGGAAAGAAUCUUACAAGUGACACUGUAUUAAGGUUAGGAGUUCUCAUAUGUUACCUGAAUUCAGAGGAUCUACGGCAGUUAUUGUCCUCACUAACACUUUCAUCCACCCUGUGGCAGCAGCUUGCACGAUGCGUAUCAGAGGGACACAUUAGUGGGAGUGGCAGACUGUCACACUGGCUUGGAAUGGCUCUAAAAUCUUUAAACAGCAGCGUCUUAUCUGCUUCGGCACUGGCCUCAUUACAUGGGAUUCUGCCACAAAUGGGGACUUCAUUCUUGGAGACACUGUCCUCAGUUGAGUUAUUGAAUAUUGUAACUUUGCCGGGUGUGCCCACUUUCCCACCUGCACAGGCAUUCCAGAUACUAAACAAAAUAGCUGAGGAAACUAACCUUAGUGCCAACACCCUCUGCAGAUUGAAGCCGUUGUUUUCAGGUCUGGGGCCAUCUGUCUUGAAAAACUUAGUUUUAUCCGAGUCUACUGAAACAGCCGAUUGUCACUGUUGGUCUCAACUACUAUCUGACCUUCAGCCUGCUCAUCGGACAAUGGUCCUUUUAGCACUCCAACAGGUUCUGGAACGCAGAUCUGCAAACGUAACACAGCAGUUACAUUGUCUUAUACCUUUUGUCUCCUUGAGGAAAUUAUUGUAUGAUCUAGAUGGAGAGACAGUUCUUCGUCACAUAUCUCUGUUUAAGUAUAUGCCCUGGUCUCAUCAACAGGCUCAAAUGCUGUUCAAAAUGAUUCAUCGGACCGUGAACAUCACAAGAGAAUCAAUACUAGAUUUAGGUCGUAUUGCAGGCGGGAUGAGCUGUGAAUGGCUGAGACUUUGGGUUAAUGACUCAGGCUUCACUGAAUUAUUGCAGUUUAUCACUAAAUUGCCAGGAGGACUCAGACCUCCUUUGAGGAUGUGCGUUGUGAUGGAGCUACGGAAACGGGCAGACAUAGACCUUAACAACUUGGAACCCACAUUUGUUGCAAACCUACCGGUGACCAUGAUGGAGCACCUUUCUAAUUCCUCACUUAUAAGAGUACUGGCUUACCUUCGACAACACUUUAUUGACUUUUUGCAGCUACCGCGACAUAAGCAGGCCGCCUUGGCUGAGAAAGCAAUGGAUGUACUUGGCAUCUCUGAAUAUGGCCUCACUGGGGUCUCCAUGGACAUGCUUGGUCCUCUUCUGCCCUUUCUGGACAGGGAGGUGUUAGCUGACAUUGAUAGAGAGGCUCUCAAACCUCGACUGGAGGAGCUAAAACAAUAUUGCCUGCCCUCUGAUUCCUUCAGACAAAUAUCAGCUUUGCUAACAGAGAGGAGCAUGCUGGGGGACCCGAAAACAUGGACAGUUGGGGACGUUGAGCAUGUGGGUAGACUUGUGUUUACCCUUUCACCUCGGCAGAUAAAAUCACUACCACUGGGUGAUUUACAAAAAGACACAGUUGAGCAGGUCCUGAUGAGCCAGUGGCUUUGGAAAGAAAGCAAAGUGGGUAAAGCAUGCUCUGAUUUGAAAGGACUACCCGACACGAUCAACAGCCUCAUUCACAAGAUUAUCAGAGGUCAAUGGUGGAUGAGAAGAGGACCCAUUCCAAGCUGUGCAGAUAUUAUAGGAACGUUCCCCUCGGCAUGGAGGCCCUAUCAGCUGAACCGAAUGAAGAGGAGGGAGCUUAAGGAGUGUGUUGAAUUCAUGGGUCAGGAUGGCACGCUUGAUGCAGAGCAACGUGAAGCACUUUGGAUGGAACUCAGACCAGUUUAUAAGCCAGUGAGGCUUCUCAAACCAGAACGGGUGUUGGAACUGGGCUGUAUAUUGACUGAAAUGGGUGAAAGAGAGCUACAGGCUGUUGACUUGUCCAAUCUGGCUGUGAUAGCUAAUCUUGGCAGUCUCAACGGAUGGAACGCUAAGAAAAUGAGAGCAGCUGUUCUUGGCAUAAUGAGGCGACUUAAACGGAAACCCGAAGAACUUGGUGUGCUGGAGCUUGUUUCCUUCGGACAUCUGCUUUGUGGCUUGACCUCUUCAGAAAUUUCCCGUCUAGACCCGUUCAACCUAAGUGUGGCUGCUUUGUUUCUGAGGGAGACCGCACUGCCAUGUUCAGGGCAGCAGACCGAUACGCUGACAUCACGCCUAUCCAAUCAUCUGGGCUUCGGUCCAGUCAGUAGCUGGGGCUCUGAGGUCUUUACUGAGAUUGGGACAUUGGCAGCUGGGCUAGACGAUAUGAUAAUGUCUGCACUCGUCAAAGAGCAAAUAGAAGGAUUGACAUCAGCUGCAAUAGCUCUGAUACCUCCAAGAAAAUUGGCUGUGGUAUUCAGUGCAAUGCAGCUGUCUUGGCUGAGCCCUGAACAAGCGUGGGCAGUGACAGAAGACCAGUGGGCAGAACUAGACAGCGAGCAGAGACAAGCGCUUGGCAUGGCACAAUAUGAAGGGGAACUCAUGUUUGGGCACAGAGGCAGGAAUCAGGCUCCAUCACUGCAUUGUGCUGACAGCUUAACAGAGUGUUUAUUGGUUUUUGUCUGUGCAUUGUGGAAUUUGUCAUACAGACUAUAA